AUCAAAGGAGCCCUCGGUUUCCACAGAAGACGGGGGGCAAAUUGGGCGGCGAAGACGACACAGCAGCAGCUCCGCCGCUGGGCACGUGAAUUUUGGAGCCCAUCACCGCCCGCGACAUCUUCUCCACACUUCUCUCCGCCAUCUUCCUCUUCUCCUUUCUCUCUCUCUCUGCCCUGGAAAAAAAGCAAUCAAGAACCCAUCCAUUCCCGCUGUUUUCUGCAGAAUAAUACACACGGCACAGAGCAGCAGCCAGCGAGUGAGCCUGCGCACUUCGGUCCUGUUCGUCUUGCUGCACAAGGAUCCCAUCCAUUCCCGCUGUUUUCUGCAGAAAAAUUCCUGCCUCUGUUCGUAGGCUCGCCCCUUUUCUUGGUUUUGUUGGUUGCCGGGAGGAGAAGGAAUCAAGCCCACUUCAGUCUAAGCCUCUAACCUACAGUUGUUAGCUCAAUGGCUGGGGCCAGCAACAGGCGUGGAGCAGUGAUGGAGGAUUGGAUGCUCUCCACACCCAGCCCAAGAACACUCAUGUUGAGCCUGUUCAACGAUGAUUUCAGCUCCGGUCCCUUCUCCGAUGUUUCCAGUGACAGUGGCAGCAACAAACCUCAUGAUGGAAUGGAGAGGAGCAAAGCUUCUGUCGGUUCGAGCCCGGGAGAAAGUUCUCAAGUUACAAAAACCUCUCUCCAUUUUGAACCAAACCUGUUUGAUGCUAAUGAGAAAUCAAGCCCAGAUAGUGGCAGUCCAGCAGAAAGGAACGGUUUCUGUGCACUCAAGAUCGACACUUCCCGUGUUGGUUUUUCCGCGUCGAUUCGGUCUCCUAUCAUAAUUCCACCCGGUGUGAGUCCAAGGGAACUUCUUGAGUCGCCGGUUUUUCUUCCCAACGCAAUCGCACAACCUUCUCCUACGACCGGUAAAUUGCCAUUUCUGAUGCGUACUAAUGCUAAUACAACAAUACCAUCGGUCCAUAAGAAGGCUCAAGAGCUGUCACAUGAUGAUCAUACAAUCUCCUUCCAGCAAAUUUUGAGGUCUAAACCAACUUUUUCAUUUGUUGACAAGGGUCCCAGUGUUACUCAUCACAACCAGCCCUUAGCAAGCGAGAACAAUCACCGUAUCCCUGACAACGAACAAGAAGAUAGCAAGGCAAACAGAAACGGAGACGAUUCUCCAGCAACGAUCAUUGUCCGUGCCGAGGAUGGAUAUAAUUGGAGGAAAUAUGGGAAGAAGCAAGUGAAGAACAGUGAACAUCCAACAAGCUACUACAAAUGCAGUCACCAAAAUUGCCCCGUCAAGAAAAAGGUGGAGCGUUGUCAAGAUGGCGAUAUAACAGAGAUAGUCUACAAAGGUUCUCACAAUCACCCUUUACUGCCCCCCGACAGACGGCCAAGCGUCCCCUUCUCACACUCCAACGAUCUGCAAGCCGAUGGCGAAGAGAAUGCUUUGGAUGACCACUUCCAACAUGCACAUGGUGAAGUUCCUGCGACAAACUUGUCUGCUUCUCUUAACAGAGAAGGAUUUGCAGACAGAUCAGCUACCCGAGAAGCUAUUGAUGUCUCGCCGCCGACACUCUCCGGUGAGGACAAUAACAGGGAAGCACAUGGUACUGUAUCUUCGGGCAUUGACAGGGACCAAGAUGUGACUGAGUCGAAGAGAAUGAUGAUGGAUUAUGUCACUCCAGCCACCGCCAUCGGUACUAUAGACAUAGGGGCUCUGGCGUCGAGAGCUGUCCGAGAGGCCCGCGUCAUCGUGCAGACCACAAGCGAGGUCGACGUGCUUGACGACGGUUACUGCUGGCGCAAGUACGGGCAGAAAGUUGUCAAAGGCAACCCAAAUCCAAGGAGCUACUACAAAUGCACGCACCCGAGCUGCCCGGUGCGCAAGCACGUCGAGAGGGCGUCGAAUGACCUGAAAUCGGUCAUCACAACGUACGAGGGCAAGCACACCCAUGAGGUUCCAGCUGACAGAAACAAUGGCUACCCAAGCUCAGGUCAUGGUGAUGUUGCGCCACUGCCACAAGCUAAUGGCCUCCACUGGAGGUCAGGACCAGCACAAGGAGGUAUCAUCCCUCAGUACAGUGGCGCUGCUGCUUAUGGCUCACUUGCGCAGCUCGGUGUAGCAGGCGGCUUCCCCUUUGGAAUGCUGCCCCGCGGCCUGGCGCUUGUUCCGGUGCCGGCGCAGAUGAUGGCUGGCCAUCCAUCGGCUAUGCAGGGGAACCCAAGGCUUGUGCUGCAAGCAAGGGAGGUGAAGGGGAAUCCGGCAGCACGGCCAGCAGACCAGAGUGGAACUGGUCCGGCAGCUUACCAGCAGCUGAUGAGCAGGUUGUCUCAGGGUCCUAACAUGUAAAUAUUCAGGUCUCUUGUAAGAUAAGACAUGCAUUAUCUUAUGCUUUUGUAUGUGAAAACAAUUUUGGUGA